GUACAUAUGACUCGGUUUCAGAGCUAGGUUCUUAAGGCUUAUUCAACCUAAGUGACGGCAAUCAGAACUUGUCUCUUUCAAUGACUCUGCACAUCCAAGUCAGAUUGGCCACUCCCAGCGACGCGCCUGCAAUCGCAGACCUCGUCCAGCGCGCAUACCUAGGAGUUGAAGGAUGGUCGGUCAUAGGUGGCAUUCGCAACGACGAAAGAAUCAACACGAUCGGCGUCCUCAAGAAGAUGGAAACCGCAGAAAUACGAAUACACGUGGCUACCGAUGAGUACCAGAAGAUACUGGGGUGUUGCGAGAUCGAGCAUCGUCAAGACAGAGUCUACUUCGGAAUGUUCGCCGUCGACCCGUUACUGCAAGCGGCUGGCAUCGGCCACCAAAUUCUUCUCCACGCUGAGCAGCAGGCGGUUGAGUUAUGGGGCGUGCGCAAGAUAGAGUUGACCGUUGUUGCACAAAGGGAUGCGCUUAUAGCUUGGUAUGGCCGCAGAGGAUACACUCGAACAGGCGAAACUCGGUCCUUCCCGUACGAUCAGAUAGUCACAAGUCAUGUCCUCCGAGACGACUUGUAUUUUAUAGUCCUGGAGAAGCAAUUGUAGAGCUCGGGUUUAGAUGACAUCAUGCGAUGAAGUGAAGAGAUGCGAGCCUCACUUUGAACAGAAAGCUUUUUGUCCUCGUCUAUCCUGAUCAUCGCGGGGGCAUUUCCACAUGAUCAUGGCGACGCGUGAACAUUGAAUAUUGAAUGCCCGUGACACCGAGAUCGCGUUGUGUCACACUUUUCGAUCUAUCAGUUUGACGUCAGACCUCACGGAGGUUUGGGUGGAGCCAGCCAAGGCUCGCAUUCGGACCCAGUAGGUUUUUCGACCGGUUUUCACCUUGGCUUGACGGAACACAGAUUGUUUUCCGACUUUCCCAUCGCGUCUCGAGGCUGCCGAGCCUGCAGUCUGCAUGUCAUCAAGCUUUAUCUCAAGCUCGAAUCUCACCACUUCGAAUCGCGAACAGCCUCCGUCGCGUUCCCCCGUCACCCCCAAGUGGCCAUCCAGCUGCGCGCCCAGUCCCGCUUUCCCAGUAGACGAUCCAGUCGAUGUUUCCAGCCAGCGUUCCACGUGCAGGCAUUCCAUAUUGCACCAAGAAGCUAAGCUCGCGUCGCUCGACAACGUGCUCCUCCAAGGACCUCGGUCCGAUUCACUGUCUUCCGCUUCGACGCCAUUAUCCACGAGGUCGUUCCCGUACUCCAGCUCUUCCGGAUCCAUGUCGUCAAUCACCAUCGUGACCGCGGCACCCUCGUCUUCGCCGUCGAAACGCGGUCCAAGUUACGAUAUGACACGUGACGCGGCACCGGAAUCGCAUGCACGACGGGAUUUAGAUCCCCCCUCAACGUCAAGUACCAAGGUUGGUCUUCCGACAGUUACUCCGCCGACUCCCACCAAUCUCGUUCAACGAGACUCCGAACCCUCUUUUCCUGCUGCGGGUCCACAACUUCGCAGAGCACGCUCACAAACGCAUUCCGACGGACGUAACUGGAGUCGGCCGAGUAGCGACGUUUUUGGGCCCUCCGUCAAUGCAUUGGAGUGUGGAGAUUCCGACAACGCGAUGCAGGCGCAUACAGUCACCCUUAAUCCCAAUGGCACUCUCAACUCUAGUUCGACAACCACACUUUCAACGCUGUCAUCCACGACGUCAUACGCGACAGCGCGUAACGACCUUUCUCCAUCUCCGUCCUUGAACAGCUUGCCCAUGGGUUUAAGCGGCAUGCCCGUACUCUCCCGCAAUCCUGCCGACAGAACGCCGCGGGCUCAUGUCUCAGGCUUGCCUUACGUUUCUGACGCUGAUUUUGUGCCGCACGGCGCCCCGGGAUAUCUCGGCGGCGACGAUGGCUUUCCUUAUCCCGCAUCACAAAGCGAAACGUCAGUGCACGUGAGAGGGACUGUUCCCGAUCUUCCGCCGGGUGCAGCGAAAGCUCGGAAUCCACAUACGUAUUCUCCGGGAUCGAAGAUAACAGCCGCGACCUCACCUCCACCCCAAGACUCGAGGCGGGCUUCUGUUGCCUCGUUUGCAUCGGGCACCUCUGUGGACUCGUUUGCUACGGCGUUGAGCGGGGCUAGCGAUGCAGGAAAUGGAUCGGACGAGGACGGCGACGAAACUGUGCUGAUUGCACCCACCGCGGGACUAGGCGCUACCUCGAAUUCGGCACGAGAUCUCAUACCUACAACGACACCGAUGACGCCACCGUCAGCAGAAAGACAAAUAAUCACACCGAAACCGUCGAUGAUUGGAUCUUCUGCCAAUAUACCCGUAGCGACUGCCAACCUACCUGCUCCAGUAUCACCCUCGCGGGCGGCUCCUCUUCCUCCGCUGACGACCAUUCCGCUUGUGAUUCCGGUUGGACAGCCUGUCUCCCAACCGGCGUCUUCCAGCUCACCACCGACAUCAACUUCUCCCACGUCCACCAAUCCACCGUGGGGACCGAAUGGAUUCGCAUCUUUCCCACGGAACCGGACUGCAUCGUCAGGAUACAGUUACACUCCAUCUUCACCUGCGUCUUCGCUGCGUGGCACACUACCCUCGAGGCGGCCGCCGUCAAUUCCGAUGACGAUGAAUCGAUUCAGUAUGACCUUCAACGCAUCGGGGAGCGGGCCGCUCUCUCCCGGCAGCGAAAUUGGGAGGCUCAGUCCCAGCAUAAUUGUGCGCCAGCCCCCGCUGGCUAUUCCGGUUAUCAAAUUGCCGAGUGUCCUCAAUGGGUCUGCCACAGGGACCGAUGAUAACCUCGCGAGUGGCGGCGUUGGCCGACGAUCGAGUGUCAUUUUUGGAUCUUCGCAUGAUCGGCAGUCGAGUCGCGCGGCGGUCAAGGCCAUGCCUGCGCUGGCUAUGGAGGGCGGUUCGGAUGACGAUGGACUGGCGGCCGGAGAGUCGGACUCGGAAAAUGAGGAUGGAGACGAGGACGAGGAUGAGGACGAGGACGAUGGUGUCUCGCAUGGCCCGUCGAUGGAUGAAUCCCGGGAAAGCGGCGCGGCCGAGUCUCCGUUUGUGCCAUUGGAGAGGAUCCCUCUGUCGCUGGACUUGGCCGGGUUGGGGCUGAAGGGCAAAGGAAAGGAACGCGAAAGCGGGACAGUCGCGCAGCAGCCAGGUUUCCCGGCACAAGUCUUCGGGACUAAAACACCGGUGCCGCAACAUGUGCUACAUUCAGACUACUUCGCCAUGCGCACACCAACAUCGGAAGCCCGAACCCCUCUUGGGAUGCCCUCUACCCCUGGUGUUUCUUCGCCAAUCGCUCGGACCAUGCCCAUGCCACCCAUGCCGGGUGCUCCAGAUCGACCCGGAAUCUACAAGCAUGCGUCCCGGAGCAUGGUCCAUCUGCUGGGCUCAACGAUAAGCGGUGAUCCACCCUUGGAAGAAUCGUUGGGUGAUGCCCCUGCUUACGACAGCCAGUCGAUGGCAACCCGUCGGCUGAGCACGAUGAAGCGGAGACGCUCGAUGCCGGAGAUCAUGGCCGUUCCCCCGCCGUACACAUUACCACUGCUCCCGCUGGCCGGUGUCACGGGUCCCCAUCCGCUCGCCCAAGCACGCGUCGUCCCACGCGACGACGAAGGCAGGGAGACCCUCCCGGCUUACUCCAACUCGAUUCUCGUUCGGGCGAUCAUGCCGCGCAAAAUGGAAUUUUCAGCACCCGGACAGCAGGCACGUGACCGUAAAUGGCGGAGAGUGCUGUGCGAGCUGGAGGGCACGGCGUUCCGGAUGUACAAGUGCCACGACGAAGGAUGGUGGGAGCGGCAAGUGGGCGUUGGUGAUGUGGCUUCGACUGCCGUUGGGCCCGCUGCGGCAUAUGCUUCGGCAGCCGUCAAGGCGCGGGCGGCGGCUGCCCAGAGUGCAGUUGCCGUGAAGAUUGCGAGCGAGGAGGCUUCGAUGCCCGACGCUGCGCCUGAAACGACGGAGGUGGUCAUUCCUCAUCGAACUAGUAUCUCGUCUUCCCGCAGCAGGACCUCGUCGUCGGCGACUACUGGAUCUCAGACGAACGCGGAUCCUCCCGCCGCUUCGCGCUCUCGACUGAACCUGGGUAGUCUGCUCAAACCCCGAUCACAUGGCCGAUCCAAGAGUGAUGUGCAACCCACUUCGCCGCCACCGAGGGCGUCGUUGUCGGUCCCGCGGCCGUCGUUGAGUGGGUUGAUCUCGUCGAGCACGACCGUGGCAUCUCUUUCCACAAAUACCACCCCCUCGCCGUCAAAGGCCUCGCCCACGAAGAAGAAAUCGCCGACGGAGGGCUCGCUGCCUGAGCCCAACCGCGCUGACCUGAUACGCGCAUACACGCUGCAGAAUGCGGAAAGCGGACUGGCCAACGACUACCUGAAGCGGAAGCACGUGAUACGCGUCCGGAUGGAGGGCGAGCAGUUUCUGUUGCAGGCCCGGGAUGUCGCCGAUGUCGUCGACUGGAUCGAGGCUUUCCACAGUGCCUCGAAUAUCGCCCUCGAUUUGGACGAGCGGGUCAUGCCAAAGGGGCCCAUGUUCCCUCGCAGACGACGCCGGCGGCAGAACGGGCAGCGUGCGGCUGCGAAUGCGCUUCCGGUUGAGCUGCACGCAUCGGCUCCUGCCGGACCAUGAAUCUAGCAUGUUAUAUUUCUCUGCUCCCAAUGUAUGUAUAGUUAGCGCACUUUAUACAGUAGAGCAUGAUGCAUCCCGAAUUUCUCGGUUAAGAAAAGUUACAAAUGUACAGUACUGUAAGUAAAGGAAUGUUUUCAAGAUGUCAGGUCAUCAGUGCUGGGAGGAAGGGGAACAGUCAAAGGAUGGGCAGCUUCUUUAGCAGGCGUGGUCUGGGAGCCAGAAUCACUGUGGGCGUCGUUCUCAGGGGCCUCAUCCUCCUCGUUUUCGUCGCCUCCCGCAUCCGACUUCUCAUACAUAUCACCAACACCUCCGGUCCGGGUGCUCUGUGAUGUCCAUAUACUCCUUCCGUCCCGAGCGAGCGAAGGUGUGCCUGCUCCUACGCCUCGUGCACUCCAGCGACUGGCUUCACUCUCCCAGCUCCCUCGACGAGAGCUCCGGGGCCGAAGCGCCCGCACACUCGCAUCGACAUCGUCGUCCCCGAGCAGAUACUGGCUCGUGCUCUCCGCAUCAGCAUACGUGAUGCUCCCACCAAAGUGCGAGAUCGAAUCCGCCAGCGCGGACGGUGGGCCCGAGCUCCACGCCGUGUUCGCAUGUUGCGCCACCGCCGCGCGCACAGGGAUCCCGAAGGCAGACGAUGCGAGUGUCAGCACCGACGCGUUGUCCUGCGGCGGCGAUGACGGGCGCGGGUUGUUUCGCGGAUGGUGCGAUGUGUGCAGUGGCGCCUGCACGGACGACAGUCCCCCGCCACCGCCGCCGCCGACACUCUGCGACGAACCCGAGUUGCUGUGGGAGUGGUGUGCGCGGCUGGUCGGCGAGGGCGGGAGCGCCGAGAAGGUCACGCCCGCGCCGAUGAGCGACGUGCUUGUCGACGGCGAGCGGACGUGCAGCCGGCUGAUAGGCGCGGGCGGCGCUUGUGCGAUGUGCGCCAUGCCGUUCCCGUUGAGAUCGAUGCUGAGGAGCGUCGUCGGCUUCGUGCUCGCUGCGAGGCUCCGGAACGUCCGUGGGUCCGAAGCGAACGAUGACGAUGAGGGAGAUGGUGACGGGGGAACACUGGGAGGCAGCGGCCGCACCGAAGCGUCCUCGUCUGCCUCGAGUGCACUCGUUGGAGACCAGCCUGCAAGCGACGAACGUUCAGAGGCGAUGUCAUUCACGUAUAGUUCCCCGUCGUCAUCCUCGUUCAAAGAUAUCGUCUUCCUCUUUGCCGCAUCUAGCUUCGAAAGAUGCUUGUUACCGCCAUGAGGUAAAGGUGCAGAGGAAAUGCGGUUGGAGACCCGGAGAGGGAUCGUUGAGGGUACCCGUCCUUGGCCAACCAAAGGCUGGUUUUCUGCACGCUUCGGCUUGACGAGCGAGCUCCCAGCACCGAGCUUGCGUUGGAACCAGUUGAUGAUGGGUUUCCCUGGCCGGUGCGCGGCCUUCUUCUGCUCUGCCGAAGUCGCCGCUUUAGACAGAGAGACCCCGCGCUUCGCAGGCAGCGACGGCGGCGGCAGAGGCUCUGUCCGCACAAUAGCGACGGGAGCGUCUGAACCAGGAGCUUUGUCGAGGCUCUUGGUUUUGCUGGUGGGGGACGUUGUUGUGGAUGAGGGAGACAUGUUCAUGGUGGCUAUGAGGGCUCAGUCGAUCGCAAUCAACUUCGCGCCAGAAUAACGGAGUGACACUGGUGAGCGGUUUAUGGCAUCCAUGUGACUCUGUGUACUUUGCCUACUCACACACACGCGACCCUUAUUAGUUUGCGGAAGCUGUAUUCCGAAUUAGUCGAAUUCCGCCCCCUACGUAGAUGCUAUGGUUUCUCGUCUACUGCCGGGGAGGGGUCCUCAGCGAUAACAUAGUGCUCAAACCGCUUGGGGCGAGCUUGCCCGUGUCUGUGAUAGCCAGCAACCUCCUGCCACUGAGAUCCACUGAUUCGCUUCCGCCCCUCGGUCGACCGGAAGUACAAAUCCUUUCCACGAGAAACCCUGCGGCCCAGCCGAUCCUUUUGUUGCAUGCUUCUCUUGUGUAGGAUGUCUGUCACGUGCUCGUACAAAGCCUCGAUCUCACCCAGGUCGCGUUGGAGGAGAGUCAUGUGCAGAUCGAGGUUGAACAGUUUCGACGGAGCAGGAGGGGGGCCGCGCUCGUCGUCAAUGUCGAGGUCAAAUAUGUUCGGGUCAGCGCGGGAUGGCGUCUGCUUUGGGGGCAGAUGUACCGGGAUGUAGUUUGGGUCGUCGUACGGGAAUUGACCCAGUCUCCUCCUCCUUUCCCGCAGGGGAGACAGAAAGAGCAACUCACCCCGCUUUCUGGAAAUGAUAUCGGGCAUCUUGGUAUGAAGCCAGCGCAUCAGCCCGAUGUUUCUAUCACGGUUGCUGUGUCCAAAGACGGAAAGCAACGUCCCUCGGUUGAUGGCGAAAUGUGGGGCUGGGAUUUCCUCGAAUUGGAGGUUUUCGAUGUUUAAUCGCAGAGAGUAUCUCGUGGUACGCUCUAGUUCCAUCGCGCAGAGAAGAUAAUGCCGAGCGAAAACCCCGUGUCCAGCCUGAGACAAAUGCCGAAUGAGGAUAUUGUACGUUGUGGUGUUGGGCAAAGCAUGCGGCGUCACGAACGAAGCGUUGGCGAGAACGCUGUAUUGUUCCUCCUCGUCGUCUUCCAAUGGUGGUCGCUUUGGUAGUGGCGCUGUCAGAACCUCAAACGCUUGGACCAUCCGAGGAAUGUUCUUCAAACGUCCCAGGGUGUCGAGCGUCAUAUUGAGGGCCGCAGUGGAAAAAGGUUGUGGAUUGGACAAGGUACCCGAGCCCUGAAUGUAUUCCAGAGGAGGACAGUCGGGAUUUGCGAGGUCGAUUCCAUAUCCCCAUCUCAUCAACGCCUCAAAUCCGGCCAAGUCCGUCGUCUCCUUCAAUAUCCGCAUCGUCAAGUCCAGGUUUACAGACGUGAAAGGUAUGCGAUGCGUUUUCAUGUCAUUCACGAGGUCGGACACCAUCCGCCGCGUGACGAGAGUCCGUUCUGCUCUUAGCGCUUCGGCCACGGGCAUGGUCAGGCGAUGAGCUAUGGCUUGCAACAGCAGUCCGAACGUUCGCGUGCGUGGUGCGAUUCCAGCCGUAUUCAUCUCCGAGUAGACCUUCAUGGCACCCGUAUGAUGGCCCACCGCCGCGAACUGCUCCAGGAUGAAGUUGUAAUCCCCCACCGUCGCUUUGUAGCCAGACAGCCGCAUGUUGCGGAUGAUGGUCUUAAACCGGUCUUCGUACUUGUGAGAUGGUGGUGCCUUCCCCUCGUACAUACGGCGAGCAACAUUCGCGCGGAGAAGUGUGCUGGUGGGUGUACAUUUCCGCAGGACCUCCUGAUGGAGUUCGACAGGGAGGCGCUCGUAACCUAGCGUGGAAAUAGCAUUGGUAUAGUUGUUCCAAACGCGUGAAGGGUUUCCAUUGAUGUCCAAUGACUCCAACAAGAGUUCGAAGUUUCGUUGGCGGAGAGAGUCGGCCGAGGGAGCGAAGACAGCGAGGGAUAGGUCAGAGACGGAGGCGGAGGCGGUGGCGGAGGAAUUCCUUUUCGGCUGGAAGAUUCGUCUGAGAGUCCGAGACCCUUUAAGUCGGGGAAAGGGAAACGCGACGCCGCUCAUAGAAAACCAACUCUCAUUUCGCGGUGUCGAAUGCCAAAAUUGUUGUGUGAGCCAAGCACACGCAAGCAAAGGCGAUAAGUGAUAAGAUCACAUCAUCAAUCAACCUUGCCCUCGACCGCUAUCUUGUUAUCCACCCACAAUGCUUUUCGUUACCCUGGGAAUGUUCAUAAUCGACGAGUUUGAGUAUCUGGAUGAAGAUGGAAAGCCUCUGAAUCCUCAGCCGCGUCAAAUUGAGCCUCAAGUAAUUAUUGCGCGAUGACCAACUUCCUGCUGAGACCUUGCUCGUCAGAUCGGUGGAGGAGGGACUUAUGCUGCAGUCGGUGCUCGAGUCUGGAUACCUGCGGAUGAGAUUGGAAUGAUUGUCGACAAAGGUCCUGACUUUCCUGCCGCAAUGGAGGCGCAGCUCGCCACAUAUGGAGAUAUGUGGUUCUAUCGUGCUCAGCCGCAAGGAACCACUCGGGCGAUAAACUCGUAUCAAGGAGAUCACAGAGGUUUCAACUACUUGACCCCCCGCGUCCGUUUGACCCCAAGAGAUCUUAUCGAUACACGUUUAGACAGACCGAAGACGCUCCAUUUCAUUUGCUCUCCGUCACGCGCCAUUGCAAUCAUGGACGAGGUCCAGGAGAUUCCAGAUUGGAAGCCCAUUGUGCUCUACGAGCCUAUACCAGACAGAUGUAUUCCAGAAGAACUGGACUCUUUGGUGCAAGUCUUGCGUCGGAUCGACAUUCUUAGUCCAAAUGCCGAAGAAGCGUUGUCCCUCUUAGCAAUGCCCCUACCGCCAUCCAAAGAACGCAUCGAACAGGCUGCUUCCAAGUUCCUCGAACUCGGUGUAGGCCCGGCUGGCUCUGGCUCUGUAAUAAUCAGAAGUGGCGAAAUGGGAGCCUAUGCUCUCAAAAGGAACUCCCCGGGUCAAUGGAUUCCUGCUUACUGGACUGCCCAAGAUCUGGACAAAAUUGUCGAUGUGACGGGUGCAGGAAACAGCUUCUUGGGUGGCUUCGCUGCCGGACUCAUCUUGACUGGCGGGGACGUCUAUGAAGCCACACGAUACGGGUCCGUGUCCAGCUCCUUCAUAAUCCAACAAGAAGGGCUCCCGCUCAUUUCCGUGGACAAUAUGUGGAAUGGCGACAUCCCUAUCCGCCGUUUAGAAGAGCUGAGAGCGAGAACGCGAGAUGUCC